GCUAAGAUGGCUGAAGAGAAACUGUCCGCGAGAACUCAGCUUCCUGUGUCUGCUGAAUCUCAAAAACCCAUGCUGAAAAAAGGGGGAAUUUGACUGAGCAAUGAUCUGGAGUACAAGAAAUUCAGCUUACACAUUUACAGCUCCGGAGUUUCCUAUUUUGGAGAAGCAGAACUGGUUGAUACAUCUCUAUUAUAUCCAGAAGGAUUAUGAAGCAUGCAAGGCUGUUAUCAAAGAACAGCUUCAGGAGACUCACGGGUUAUGUGAAUAUGCUAUCUACGUCCAAGCUUUGAUAUUUCGCCUGGAAGGAAAUAUCCAAGAAUCCCUAAGACUCUUUCAGAUGUGUGCUUUUCUCAGCCCUCAGUGUGCUGAUAACCUCAAGCAGGUGGCCAGAUCUUUAUUUCUUUUGGGAAAACAUAAAGCUGCCAUUGAAGUAUAUAAUGAAGCAGCUAAACUUAAUCAGAAAGACUGGGAAAUCUGUCAUAACCUAGGAGUUUGCUACAUUUAUCUGAAACAGUUUGACAAGGAGCUUUUUCUCUUCAGAGAAAUUUUAAGCAAGUACAUAUCUGCUGCUGCCGCUAAGUUGCUUCAGUCGUGUCCGACUCUGUGCGACCCCAUAGACGGCAGCCCACCGGGCUCCCCAGUCCCUGGGAUUCUCCAGGCACAAGACCAGUUGCACAAUGCCCUGCAUCUUAACAGACAUGAUCUGACGUACAUAAUGCUGGGCAAGAUCUUCUUGCUGAAGGGAGACUUGGACAAGGCCAUUGAAAUCUACAAGAAAGCAGUGGAGUUCUCACCGGAAAAUACGGAACUUCUUACAACUUUAGGAUUACUCUACCUACAGCUCGGUAUUUACCAGAAGGCAUUUGAACAUCUUGGAAACACACUGACUUACGACCCUACCAACUACAAGGCCAUCUUGGCAGCGGGCAGCAUGAUGCAGACCCACGGGGACUUUGAUGUUGCCCUCACCAAAUACAAAGUUGUCGCGUGUGCUGUUACAGAAAGCCCUCCACUCUGGAAUAACAUCGGGAUGUGCUUCUUUGGCAAGAAGAAAUAUGUGGCAGCCAUCAGCUGCCUGAAACGAGCCAACUACCUGGCGCCUUUAGAUUGGAAGAUUCUCUAUAAUUUGGGCCUUGUCCACUUGACUAUGCAGCAGUAUGCAUCUGCUUUCCAUUUCCUCAGCGCAGCCAUCAACUUCCAGCCGAAGAUGGGGGAGCUGUACAUGCUCUUGGCUGUGGCUCUGACCAAUCUGGAGGAUACAGAGAAUGCCAAGAGAGCCUAUGAAGAAGCAGUCCGCCUUGAUAAGUGUAACCCUUUAGUAAACCUGAACUAUGCUGUGCUGCUGUAUAACCAGGGCGAGAAGAGGGACGCCCUGGCCCAGUAUCAGGAGAUGGAGAAGAAAGUCAACCUACUCAAGUAUAACAGCUCUCUGGAAUUUGAUCCGGAGAUGGUGGAGGUAGCCCAGAAGCUGGGAGCUGCUCUACAGGUCGGGGAGGCACUGGUCUGGACUAAACCAGUUAAAGAUCCCAAAUCAAAGCAGCAGACUGCUUCAACCAGUAAAGCUGCCUGUUUCCAGCAGCCUCUGGGCUCUAAUCAAGCCCUAGGACAGGCAAUGUCUUCAGCAGCCGCAUACAGGAAGCUCUCCUCAGGUGCUGGAGGAACAUCCCAGCUCACAAAGCCACCAUCCCUUCCUCUGGAGCCAGAGCCCACUGUGGAAGCACAACCUACGGAAGCAUCAGCACAAACCAGGGAAAAGUAGGUGUAGGAUGACCCCGGAGCUGGGCUUGCUUUGGCGAGGACCCACCAGAUUAGGAAAGGUCCCAUGACACAGGCAGCAUGGUGGCCGGCACGUACGAGAACGUGUUAUGAUGAUCACCAGGAGCCGGAAGCCUUCACACCCCCUGGCUGCCCCAUGAGCUACGAAAGGACUUAACCUCCUGCUGCCUGAGCCCUUUGUGGAAGAACAGUCUAGGACAGACCUCUGCCGUCAUGACAGAGUCUUGGCUAGCUGAGGUGAUUCUUGGGCUGUGUGGUAGGUAUAUUGGCCACCAAGGCAACCACAAAUCUUGAAUUAAUAAUCCAGUUCUAAUAGUAGAAAUUUAUAAGAUGAAAAAAAAGCUUUUUAAAUUGUGGCCCAGUCUAUUGAGUAUCUCAGCUGCACCUGCCCACAAGAAUCCAGAAAAAGUCCCUAUAGCUUGUUCUGGAGCGAGGUCAGAGUGCAGAGCCAGAUCAUGUCAGUAUGAAAAGAGAGAAAGGGCUGGUCUGGUAUCAGCACCAAGGAUUGGGGGAAAAAAAAAGGAGGAGCUUCUUAAGUGAGGAGGUUUUAGACAUUCAGUGAUACCACUGACCAGAUGCUAGUAAUACAUUAUCUAUAUAUCUUUUUCAGAAUAACGAUUAUGUAUCAUCCCGUUGGGAAGAGUUGUUACCAAUGUGUAAGGGAUCACAAUAAAAUGUUUCUGGAAGAACCUUG